AUGCAAUCAGCCAUUGGAGAUAUUGCUCACAAAGCAGAAGUAGCUAUUUCUGGCGCAAUGGAGUCCAACAAAAAGAUCGCGGAGAUCAAGCAUGACUACCGCAACCCAAAGGAUGGCGCUCUCCUGACCAGUGACUUUGGGGUCAAGAACCCAACGCAUGACAACUGGCUUUCUGCCACUACUGAGGACCGAAAGGGUCCGGCGUUGCUGGAAGAUAACUUGGCCAGGGAGAAGGUCAUGAAAUUCGACCAUGAGCGUAUUCCAGAACGAGUAGUACACGCGCGCGGUGUUGGUGCCUUUGGUACCUUCAAGUUAUACGAGAGUGCGGAAGAUGUCACCAGUGCUGGUGUUCUGACAGAUACCUCGCGGACCACGCCCGUCUUCAUGCGAUUCUCAACUGUUCUUGGGUCUCGAGGUAGCUCUGAUACCGUUCGAGAUGUUAGAGGUUUUGCCAUCAAAUUCUACACCGACGAGGGAAACUGGGAUAUUGUCGGUAACGACAUUCCUGUGUUCUUUAUCCAGGACGCAAUAAAGUUCCCGGAUGUCAUCCAUGCGGGGAAACCUGAGCCGGAUACUGAGAUUCCACAGGCUCAAUCGGCCCAUAACAACUUCUGGGAUUUCCAGUUCUUACACUCCGAAUCCACACACAUGUUCAUGUGGGCUAUGAGCGACCGUGGUAUCCCAAGGUCUCUGCGCAUGAUGCAAGGGUUCGGUGUCAAUACCUUUACCCUUGUCAACGCUCAGGGCGUCCGAUCUUUUGUCAAGUUCCACUUCACGCCAACCCUUGGUGUUCAUUCCCUUGUAUGGGACGAAGCCCUGAAGAUUUCUGGUCAAGACCCCGACUUCCACAGGAAGGACCUCUACAACGCCAUUGAGAAGGGUGCUUAUCCAAAGUGGAAAUUCGGCAUUCAGGUCUGCCCAGAGAGCAAACAGGACGAUUUCGAUUUCGAUAUCCUAGAUGCUACUAAAGUCUGGCCCGAAGAUCUCCUCCCCGUCAGAUACAUUGGAGAACUGGAACUCAACAGAAAUGUCGACGAGUUCUUCACUCAGACAGAGCAAGUAGCCUUCUGCACUGCCCAUCUUGUUCCAGGUAUCGGCUUCUCCGACGACCCUCUUCUUCAAGGCCGCAACUUCUCCUAUUUCGACACUCAACUCUCUCGCCUCGGCGUAAACUGGCAGGAGAUCCCCAUUAACCGGCCCGUCUGCCCCGUCAUGAACCACCACCGUGAUGGUCAGAAACGGCACGCCAUCCAGAAAGGGAAGUUCAACUAUUGGCCCAACCGCGCCUCCGUCUUCCCUCCCGCCAAAGCCUCCGAGGGCGGCUACAUCGACUUCCCUGAGAAGGUUGUAGCUAUGAAGAAACGUAUGCACUCGGCCAAGUUCUCCGAGCACUUCAAGCAACCACAGCUGUUCUACAACUCCCUCUCCGACAUUGAGAAAGCCCACCUUACCGCCGCCCUCUCCUUCGAACUUGACCACUGCGACGACCCCAUCGUCUACAACAACAUGGCUCAACGUCUCUGCGACAUCUCUCUCGACCUCGCCCAAGCCGUCGCCGAGAAGACCGGCGCCCCAAAGCCUACCAAAGCCACCACCCCCAACCACAACCGCAAAGUCAAAGGCCUCUCCCAAUUUGACUUUAGCCGCGAAGCCCAACGUCUGCCACCCACCAUCGCUACCCGCACCGUCGCCAUCAUCAUCGCCGACGGCUUCAACCUCGUCGAGUACGAGGCUGUGAAAACCGCCCUCUCCGCUGCCGGGGCCUUUCCCGUAACCAUUGGUCCCAGGCGCCAGCCCGUGAUUCCCUCCAGCGGCGGCAAGGGCGUCACCCCCGACCACCACUUCGAAGGCGCGCGUAGUACCCUCUUCGACUCAGUCUACAUCCCCGGCGGCGAGCACGUCUCCACGCUCCAAAAGCAAGGCCGCGUUGUCCACUGGGUGCGCGAAGCCUUCGGCCACUGCAAAGCCAUCGGCGCCACCGGCGACGCCGUCAAGCUCGUGCAAACAGCCUGUAAUAUCGACGGCAUGGUAUACAGCACCGGCGACGUGCUCGAUUCCUACGGUGUCGUGACGGCGGCUGGAGUCGGCAAGCCGGAGAGCCUUAAGGAGGGCCUCAAGAUGAUGAAGGGCGCUAAGCACUUCCUGGACGCUUAUGCGUAUAGUAUUUCGCAGCAUCGGAACUUCCAGCGGGAGCUGGAUGGCUUGACGAGUUUGGUUGCUUAUUGA